CGUGUGAACCGUAAGGCAGCUGUCUUGUUGCCUUGCUGCCUCAUGAGGCCAUGACAUCGGCAGCAUAAAGGCAACUCAUGUAAACGCAUUUAGACAGCCUUUAUAUGCAGCCUAAUGGAAUUCUGUUUACAAUAUAAACAGAGAGCACCUUUGUGAUAACUAACCCCAUAUUUGAAAACUACAAUACUAAUUUCUCGCUAGAAAUGCAAUCAAAAGGUGUAAAAAGUAAAAAUAUAACUUUAUUUGCACUAAAUUUGUGAUCCAGAUGCUUUCUUGGCCACCAUUUUAUAUUUUCGUACUUGACCAGGCUCGACCAAUCACGUUACCAGCGUGCGCCCACACAUAGACUUGUGGGACAAGACGAUGAAGGUAUCUCAGGAGUCGGGAAGUAAAGCCAACAUUAGAUUUGGAUGUGCCUUAAUGCCUUCCUGCCUGGGAAUGCUACCUCGAAGGAAUUUUAGAGAUAGUAGUUAAGGUUUAAACUGUUGAAAUGAUUACCAAAACCUUUAUGGGCCAUUUAGGGGGGUCAAUUCUUGCUGUCAUACUCUUUGCCCAGGAAUCAUCAUCAGGGUAGAUCAUCAACUAUUCAUGGUGUCACUGCUGUUUUUACUGACAGGAAUGUGCUUUCUGUUUUUGUUUCAGGAUGUUGAGCUCUGGGGAAGGACAGUUUGGUGCCACUUUGCAGUUAUCACUCACUGAACUACUGCCUUACACACCAAAGUGAUUUAAUAAAGGUGCUGUUACAAAAAAAGACGAAACACCUGUUUAAGACAGCUAUAUAUUAGCACUUGGGUUUUUCCAAACUUGUUUUGCCCUGUGUACCAUCUGUUUAUCGACGCUGCUUCUUGGAUCCAGACAGCAGAUGUUCCGUCUGCAAUGUCUUGAUACUUCUCAAUCCUUUUCGGCCUACGGUUACACACGUGAAGAACCUGCCCGCCCGCACCACACCUCUGCAUCCUCUGCGACAGCAAAACUGUGGAGGUGAUGGAUGGUCUGGAGGUCGAGGACAUUAGCCCUGCCCUUGAGGCCACUGAGGACUACCUGCACUGCCUCGAUGACAACCAAGGGGAUGGCCAGGUAUGUUCACAGAAGCUUAAAGAGGGGUCCACCUUGGACAAGCUGAACUCCAGUGGUGUGUGGGGACUGCUGACAGGAAAGCAAUGUGAGAUAUCAGCUGGAAAUAUGGCCUGGGCAGAGCAGACAUCUUUUGAUUUGCUGGGCCUAAGACAUGGAAAAAGGAACCGGGCACGAUCCACCAACGAUUUGGCAGCUCAUGCCAAAGAGACAAACUCCACUACCACCACAUCCAAUGGGGGCUUCAAACGUGGCCACAACCGCUCACGUUCAGACAUCAACAACCGCAGCUACACAGAUAACGGGAUGCCGGCUAUUGACAAAAACACACUCAAGAACAUGGCACUGAAUGACUACAGGGAUGCUCAUAAGGAGAGCAGCCCUAGCCUGGUGAAACAGGGAAUGUUGGAGCAGCGAGAGGGACCUUGGGGACGCUGGAGUGCAUGUCACGUAGAGCUUACACCCUGUGAGCUUCGUAUCUACAGCUUGGACAGCAGCGGUAACCAACAAUUAUGUGCUGCCCUCUCACUGUCUCACUGCCAAGGGGUGAGUGCGCCCCAGGCGCAGGAUGGACGUGUGCUGCAGGCAGUCUUUUUUAACAGCACCCGUGUGCAGUUACGUGCACCCUGCCAGUGGGAGGCACUAGAGUGGCGUAGACUCCUUUGGGAACGCGUCUUGGCCGCACGUCCGGCUCCGUUUAAAGGGGAUCCAACUCGUGCCACCUCUCCUACCCGGCGUGAACCCGAUCCUAAUGCAACGUUGGUGCCGGUCCAUCGUCCGCUGGUACGUCCCACGAUCCUACCGCUUUUCACCCAGCACUGUGUGGAUGUGCUCAAGGCCGGACUACUGUACCAACUCACCCACCUCAACAACUGGAGAGCCUUCACUUUUGUGCUGAGCCGCACUGAGCUGCAAGCCUUUCCAACGGAGGGCAGAGGCCCUGUGUCAGAGCCUGUGCUGCGCUACCAGCUGGCCUCCUGUCUGGCUGUGCAAUGGGAUGAGGAGGACGGAGGCACCAACUUUCGCUUCCAGGCCGUCUUCCCUGAUAAUGUGCUGCGCUUGCAGGCAGAGAGUGAGCUCAAAGCCCAGGAUUGGGUGGAGGCCCUGCGCACCGCAGUGACAGCUCAGCGACCCAAGAGGGAAGAUAAUCAGUCUGGCACCAUGGGAGUGCUGAUGAGGUGUAAGCCAACCAGGGAACGACGACAACGGGAAGCCCAAAGAGCUAAACGACAGUCUGUCACCACAAGCUUUCUCAGCAUCCUUACCUUCCUGGCUGUAGAAAAGGGACUCACUGCUCAGGGCUUCCGAUGUGCAGGAUGUCAAAGGCCAGUAGGUCUGUCACGUGGCAAGGCCAAAGUGUGCUCUUACAGCGGCUGGUACUACUGCUCCAGUUGCCACCAAGACAACCUCUUCCUCAUACCUGCUCGUCUGUUGCACAACUGGGACACUAACAAACACAAGGUAUCAAAACAGGCUAAGGAGUUUCUGGAGUUUGUUUAUGAGGAACCAUUGUUAGACGUACAGCAGUUGAACCCAUGUCUGUAUGAGCAUUGUGAAGCACUGGCAGCCAUUCUCAAACUGAGGCAGCAGCUCCAGUCUCUCAGGGCUUACCUCUUCAGCUGCCGAGCCACAGUGGCAGAAGACCUCCGUCGCAGGAUCUUUCCAAGGGAAUACCUGUUACAGCAUGUACACCUGUACUCAUUGGCAGACCUACAGCAGGUCAUAGAUGGAAAGCUUGCUCCCUUCCUCUCUAAGGUAAUCAAGUUUGCGAGCUCUCAUGUCUACAGCUGCAGUCUGUGUCGAGAGAAAGGCUUCAUCUGUGAGUUGUGCCACAGCGGCCAGGUCCUCUAUCCCUUUCAGGAGAAUGCCACCAAAAGGUGUGAGGGAUGCGGAGCCGUCUUCCACGCCGAGUGCCGGAUGCGAGCCCAACCGUGCCCGCGAUGCGUGCGAAGAGAGCUACACAAGAAGCCGGCGUCAUUCUGGAGGAGGAACGGCCCUCACGAUAGCCCCGACGAUGACGAGCUGAGCUGCUUUGAGAUGGACACCUGAGGCGGUUUACGGAGAGCACUGCAGCUCUGAGAAGAGGCGAGCUGCACGAAAGAGCCCACCGCACUUACAAAGUGCUGCUGUGUCUCUGUGUGUACGUGUAUCCAACAAGGACAAGACUCCUGGUGGAAGCGCUCAGUGUUUGAAAACAGAGACACAACAACCUUUUUGUUUUUUACUUCCUUUUACUUCUCUCAACUGAGAGAGAUGGAUGCAGAGACAAUAAUUCGGCUCCGGAAGAGCAGAGGCUUCAUAAUGAUACCAAUUUACCCUUCCCUUUCAUCUACCAAAUGACAGCCAGGGCCAACCGACAAAUACAGGCAAAGUACGCUCGCGCACUUGCACAUAAACACGCUCGCUGGCAGACAUAAAAUGAUGCACUUUCCGGCAGACUCACAAUCCAAGAGCGAUGAUUUAAACCAAUUUCUGGACACAAAUAGAGCUUCUAAUCCAUUAAUGGUUCUGCGAAAAUGAACGCUAUGAGAUGGCGGCCCUGCUGUUGGAUUUGGUUUUCUCCACGCUGUAGAGCCAGAGCCUCGAUCUCGGGUGUAUUAAGAGUGAAUGAACUUAAAUUUUCUCUAAACCGAAAUCUUUCGGGUGGGUCCAUCUGCUUUACUGCACAAACCGUAUGAUUCAUUUAUCAUGAUCUCGUUGCACUUUUACAUUUAUGAAGGGAAACCAGGCACUCGUGUUGGCCACACCUGAGUUUUU